AGUCAAUACAACAAGGAAAUACAUAAACACAAGCCUCGCUGUGGUUGUUGUAUGCACUGAACACCUACACUGUCGAUCGGGUGAUCUACUCCUACAUAAUCACUCCCGCUAAAAGGACACGCAUCAAUGAAACGGGUCAUACCGACCUCCUGUAUAUUUCCCAUCUGUGACUGGCCUAAACAGUGAAAUGAACUGUGAACAUGGUCGAAACUCCAAAAUAUGUCACAAUUCGAGGGUCAUACUUGUCAUGGAUGUGAAAGUGUUCGAGCGUCAUUACCGGAGUCGGAUGUAUAUAUAGAUGAAGGACUGACAUACCCAAUACCUUUCUGCAUACAUUUUGAUGUGACUUUAGUGAACCCCCCUGCCACCAAACAGUUGCAACCUACACCAAAGGAACGUCGUCAACAACGCCGCACUGCUACCGAUAACCUUGCAGUCCUCGUGUCUGCUGUUGGAAACUCCGGGGGAGGUGCUGUGUUGGUUCACAUUGGCGGGGUGUCCACGAAAGAUAAAUACCAUGGCUUCUUUGAUGAAAUGGUUGACGAAAAACUACAUGGGCUUAUUGAAAAUGGCACCUUGUUUUCAAAUGCAUACAAAAAGAUUUGGCUUGAAAGCCUUGAUAGCACUUAUUGGGGAUAUUUGUUGUUAGUUGUAGCGCAAGGCCAGCCCUUUGUCACUGCAAAUCUUAAUACGGCAAUCACCCUUGACGACAGAAUACUACAAGCCACAGGAACAGUUGUAAGGACUAUUUUACAGAAUAAAAACGAAUUUGCCAGUAGACUAAACUUAAGUCGCCCCAAACCUGACAACGAAACGUUUAAUAUCCAGACAAAGCGGUUCCAACCAAACAUCCCAUUGCCUGAAACAUCGGCCCUCACUGAUUACAUAUGGCACACUUUACGCCUUAGAGAAUAUCUGAGUGCCUUUGCCAAAUGCAGUGACGGAGGAUCAUUUUAUGUGGGAAUUGAGGAACAAGAAACCGAGAGUGACGGUUAUAAAACGAAGGUCUUGUCUGAAAAGGGCAUUGACACUUCGUUCCUAGCAACCCCGCAACAAAUAGAUAUCUGCAAGGACCAACUGAAACGUCGGUGUGUGGACGAAAUGCUCUUCUGUACAUAUGAAGGACACUUUGAACGCCCGAAAGAAACAUCCUUUCACAUAAGUUUUCGUGACCUGGGAAAUUCAAGGUACAUCUUGGAAGUUGCAGUGUGUUUCUUGCCGGGCAUCCUGUUUUAUGACCCCAAGGGACCAGGAGCUUAUUACUGGGACCUCCAAAGCAAUACACCCAAAAGGAUUACCGAAGAAGAGUGGUACCGAAGGAUUCUGGGGAAUUAAUCGCCUGUGCCAUCUCAAUAUCGUUUACUUCAAGCGAAACUAUGGACAAAGACGAUACCAGCCGACGAGAAGGGAUCCGUAGAGUUCAGUUAUCAGACUGCACUACCUAUGGUAAUCUGGUGGAAUUGGGCAUGCCGACCUCAUACCCUUUUACAUCCUCUGUCAAAGAACCAAAGGAUGCGAAGAAUCAAAUUGUAAACUAUGUUCUCAUGAACGAUGGGCAGGAGUUUCCAUUUAGGACAUUUCCACGGACAAUACCUCAAUACCUAAAAGAGACAGAAGCAUCCCUUCUGAGACGAAUAGCUGCACUGCCAAAUAUUGGUCAGAACGGUUUGGUGUAUAUUGGGCGAUCACUGAAAGUCUCCUUUGGAUUAAACACAAACAAAGCUAUCACAGAGGAUGCUGUACUCGAUGUUUGUAUGCUUGUCCCAGGACAGACUGGACUGGUGCUGACGCUCAGCAAAAGUAUCCUGAUAUCAAAGGAUACCAAAGCUUACAACUUGUUUCUCACCAAAGAAUUAAUCACAACAAUGAAGGGAUUCACAGAUGAACAUUUCACUCUAUUGUCUGGUGUCAUCAGUGAAUCUGACUUAGAGUCAGAAGAACUCUUUCAAAAUGCUAUACGGUGCAUAGAGGAGAAGGGCUCGAAGUUCGCAAUCCCAGAGUCUCUGAGCAUGGGAGAUAAAAAGUGCAGACAUUUGACUGAAGCGCUCAUAGCAUCUGCAGCAACCAGGACUGCUCAUGUCAAGAGUUCAAAUGCAAACGAUGGUUUGUCACUCCUUUGUAAAGAACAUUUUUGUGUCAUUUCAGAGAACAUUGAUCACAGCCGGGUUUUAGUUAUUGGCAGAAGUGAACAUUCUAUGCUAGAUAUUACAAGGGAGAUAAUCAAUAGAUUGACAACUUUGGGGAAAACUCUUGUAGUAACAACCAAGAGGCACAUGGCCCAGAUUCAAAGUUGGAAGGUGUGUUCUAAAGUGUCAGAGGUCUCAGAGUUUCACAAACAACCACAAGAAGACUUUGUGAAUAUUGUAGCAUUGGAUAUUGAAGAAGAGAUGAUGACUGACAUCAUACAUCAGCGUCAUAUUUCUAAUGCCUGGUUUUUCAACCAUGACAAUUCGACGCAAAGACAUCAUCCCAGUAGGGAAGUGGUGGAAGUUACAGAACAAGUGUUAUGUGGCAGUGAUCACAAUCUCCGAAACAACAAACUGGCUCCUUCACUGAAUACAAAAUCAGAUGAAGAUGAUUUAUUGAAGAACGUGGAUGCAUCUUCACUGUAUGAAAAGAAAAAUGAGAUCUUCCAUGGCCCACUGGAUACAUUGUAUACAGAGUCAGAUUUGUUAUCAAGCAAACACAGGAUACCAAUCGAGCCGAACGAUUGGAUACUUGAAAGACCGAGAUACACAGUGGCCAAUUGUGACGGGGUGGGAAGAUCAUAUAUUGGAGACAACCUACCAUCCGGUAAGCAAGAUCCCAGUCGCAAUGACGAGCCAUCAGAUGCCAAUAUCAGUCGACAAUUACAAGAGAGAACCGGAAAGGAGAUGAUAGGUCUCGAGGAAUUGUUUAAGGACACAGAGGUCGUUCAGAAACUAUCAACUUGCCUAGCUGAGAAUCCAAUUGUCAUGCUCACGGGGCCGGCCGGCGAGGGCAAAACAACCAUAGGGUAUCAAGUCCUGAACAGGAUGUGUAGCGAUGGGUUUACGCCAUUCAUAUGUAAAGUACCUAACGAAAUAUUACAAAUACGCUUGAGACAGAAAGUUGUUAUCAUGAUUGAUGAUGUUUUUGGUCACCACAAUUUUGACAGGCAAAUAGCAAAGGAAUGGGCUUCUGCUCUCCACCAAUUAGACACCAGCUCAACCGAUAUAAGAAUACUACUGCUCAGCAGGGAUUAUAUUUUGAAAGAAUCAAGGGGAGACACACGUGAAAGAACUGUACAGCUGAUAAGCAGAUUUACUGUUUUCAAGUUGUAUGAUGAUCAUGCAGAACGAAAACUGAGGAAAUCCGAAUUUGCAAAACAUUUUCUACAGAGAAGUGUGGACAUUAGCACAGCGUGUGCCAUUGUCCCGCAGCUUGGAUAUCCAUGGAUAUUCAAAAUGCUUGACACCCUAGAGAAUGCUAACACCUUCUCUAUGAAAUUCUUCUUACCACUGAUGCAAUCGCUGACAAGAGACGAGGUGAAGAAAAGUCUUUUCUAUUUGAUGUUGUCUGAAGGUGGCCGCUUAGAUGUUGUAAAACUAAAAUCAAAUUCUAAGUUACAGAGAAAGGAAUAUGAAGAUAUUUUGGCAGACGUGGACUUACAAACGCCACUGAGGACAGUUGCAAGGUGCCUGGACAACCUGUCAGAAACCAUAAUAGAAGUAAAUGGUAACUUUGCCACUUUUUGUCACCGACAUGUGUAUGACAGCACAGCAUUGGCCAUUGGACAGGAAGAUCCUGAGUUCAUUGUGCAUCAUGGAGAUGAUAGCUUUCUCAAAGAACAUAUUACCAUGGAAGCUAAUUCGCAAUCUGACAUGGAUAUUUCUGUGCCAGACUUUUUACUGGAUGUUGUUCUGCAAAGAUUAACUAACUUGGCAAAAAGUGAUCUUCUUGGUGCAUUGAAGAGCAGGCUGCUGAGAAAAACGGAACUCAUGCAGAGAAUGAUGCCUGUGUUUGUUGAUAAAACGUUCCUGCUCGGGAGAGAUCCACCAUCUAUGAAAAUGAACGUUUAUCUGAUAUCACACGGUGGAUCCAACGUCAUUCUUUAUAACGUUCUGUCAACCACAGAACUGUCGAGUGAGUUGUUAAUAAAUGCUAUGUAUGGUUGCUGUGAGUUUGGGAAUAUACAAGGAUUACAAGGCAUAUUAGCCAAAUGGGCAGAAAUACUAAUUGUGGAUUGUAGUCAGUUUGGGGAAACACCUUUGCAUGUGUGUUGUCGGUUUGGGCACACCGGCAUCGUAGAACUGCUCUUGCGUAAUUCUGCAGAUUCAAAUGUAUUUGAUAAUGAAUCCAACACUGCACUGCAUAUUUCCGCAGAAGCUGGACACGCACCAUGUGUUCAGGUAUUGUUAGAUGAUGGUGCAGAUGUAAAUUGUCAAAAUGAAAAUGGCAAAACUGCACUUCAUUUGGCAAUUGAAAAUGGACAUCUGGAAAUAGUUGAUAUACUUCUUCCAUGCUGCAGUGAUGAGAUAGAGGACAAACAAGGGAAAACUCAGUUUCUUUUGGCAUGUGCUACAGGCAACUGUGAUAUAAUUAAACACAUUUUGAGAACCAACUGUGACGUCAGAGAAGUAGACAAUGAUGGAAACUCAGCCCUACAUUUAGCUGUGGAGAGCAACAACAGUGAUUCUGUGGAAUAUUUAAUCAAUAAGGUCUUAGGAACAGAUGGGUUCUUAAUUGACCAAUCAAACAAAAGCGGCUUCACUCCUCUACACUUAACAGCUAAAACGAAGAGCUAUGAAAUAUUUGACAUACUCAGGAGGAAUGGGGCUGAUGUGAAAAUGUGUCUACAGAAUGGCCAACAAUUUAUCCACUUGGCAGCCUUAUCUGGAAAUAAAGAAUUCCUGGAAAAAACAUUAAGGUACAUGCCCAAUAGAAAAGUACAAGAUUUCGAAGAGAAAUCUCCUCUGCAUCUUGCAAUAGAGAAGGGACAUACUGGCAUUGCUGGGCUUCUGCUAAAAUAUUACACAGCACAAGAAGCUAUUAAUGAAAGAGAUCAUAGAGGAUUGAGACUGUUUGAAGUUGGUUGCAUGAACGGACACCUGGGUAUCGUUAACCUCUUUAUUGAAAAGUGUGACUAUCACAGCUGUGCCAAAACAUGUUCAACGAAUCCACUCAUCACAGCACUUGAACGUGGACGUGUUGAUUUGGCUAUGACUCUCAUUGACAAGGAAAAUGAAGUCAAGAGUGGGACGACUGAAUGCUCCCCGCUCCCACUUGCUCUACGCUUAGCAGCAAAAGGGGGAUACGCAUGUGUAGUCAAGGCACUGCUGACAGCAGGGGUAUCUGAUACGAGAAUGCAUAGGUCCAAUAAAGCAUCUGAAUUGAGGAAAGGUAACGUACAGAAUCAGCCAUAUGAUCCACCACACAGUCUACAAUUGUCUGUUUCCGCGGAAAAUGAGAAACUUCACCUUGAUGAUGAGACUAACGUUAAAACAUUUCCCACGGUGAUGCCACAGACAUGGAACAAUGGUAAAAUUAUUGCAGUGUCGGACUCUGCACUGAGUCCAGAUCCUACAGUACAAGUCAACUCAACAGACCCCGAUAGCAGCACACAAAUAAAUUCAUGGUCAACAGAGGCGGUACAACAAAAGUACCAUGCACUACCUCAAUAUAUGCAACAGAUACCCUCAGAACCAACAGGAAAGGUACAACCGAGAUCCACAAGAUAUAGAGAAGAUGCAGGACUCACGAGUGCAAGAUCACCUGGAGGAGAAUCACAUAACUACUUAGAUGCGUCCAUAAACAUAUGGCAAAAUUACAUUACAAAGGACACAUGCACGUCAGAGUAUGACAGCGAAUGUAUCAGUGCCCUUCACCUGGCUGCACUGUAUGGCCAUACGGAGGUUGUGGAGGUACUACUUGCUGACCGUAGUGAUGUCAACCUGCGUACUCUUAAGAACAGAACAGCUUUGCAUCUUGCGGUUCUCGGCUCACAUGACACUGUGGUGGAGAGACUGAUGUUCGCUGGCAGUUGUGGGGACAUUCAAAAAGACGAUUUUCUCAGAAAGAUAACAAUAGACAAACCACAGAUAACCCGGCAACUAAACAAUUUUCACUUUAAAGAUAUGGGCAAAUCUGCGCAAAAGAUGCCAUAGUGAUGAGCCGACAUGAUGUUUCGCUGAAGUUAUAACAUUUUCCAGUGCAGUGCCGUUCUUAAACAUGAAGCUUCCCUGAUGAAUAUUUCAAAUCAUUAUUUUGGUCUUACCUCAUCUGAACCAAAGGUCCAGAUGACCUCUGGAAUAUACAGACAAAUGCUAUCACAUGUGCAUACCUGCUCUUAACAAUGGUAAUAACUUUCUGGUCAAUAUUCCAGCUAUUGGUUGAUACCUGUGUAUUCCCUGUGUUCCCAAGGCAUCAAUACACUGCCUGUCUAUGUCAGUGUGUAUCUUCAUCAUAAUUCUAUGUUACAUGUUUGAUGUGAUUUAUGUGACAAUGUGUUCGUACAUAUUUCAUACUGAAAAGGAUGUCAUAAAGAUCCUUUGGUUCGCUUGGCCACGUGUAUACUGUGUAUAAAGAAGAGGUGAUGUAUCCUUAAUAUGAUACUUCCAAACAACGUUAUGCUUGUUACUAAUAUAACGAGUGUUAUGUAUCAAUGAACCAACUGUUACGAGGGGAUUUCCAAAUUAGAAAUGCAAAGGUUAACAUAGAAAUCGGUAUCAAUGAAUAAUCAAAUUAUUUUGAAGCACGCAGUUUGUACAUUUGAAAGCACCUACUGUUUGACCGGAAAAGUGAAAUAUGUAUUUUCCUUUCACAGCUUGCGUGAGUGAAUGAGUGAUUGAGUGAGUUGGUUUUAAUGCUGAUUUGAACAGUAUUCCAGUUAUGUCACGGCUACACUGGGAGGAAGGGCCGAUAUGAUGCAGGUCUCAAAUAUUUACCACCUUGGUGAAACCAACGAGUACGGUUGGAGUACUGAUGGACCUAGAACAGCGAUCCUUGGUUUCUGGCUGGUCCAAGGGACGCAACUCUGGCCUCCCCCUCCCAGCUUGAACAUUCUAUGAUUUGUAUAUACUGGUACUUUGUCUUUGUCAAUGAAUGUGUUCCGUAUAAUGUACAUGGCCUAUUCAGUCUCCAUGGUGUGAUAUUUGGACAUGCUAGCUCAAUGGUAGCUAUUGAAACAACCGCCGAUGUUGUGAGAAUAUAUAAUAUCACAAGAGUGUUGACGGGUGUUAAUAUAUUUCUCAAGCUUUUAAAUAGCGUCAUACGACUCAGAGGCUGUUUGAUCAACGUUACAACAUUACAAGGCCCGAUUAAAGCUGAAUUGUU